AUUGGGGGGAAUCGCUACAUCUGAGCUUAUUUGGGGGGGGGAAUCGCUACAUCUGAUCCUACUUAUUGGGGGAAUCGCUAGCAUGGACGGGAAGGUGCUACUCCUGGAGGGUCUGCCUGACCAAGCGGCCUCGCUGAAAGCAAAACUGGAGCUCUACUUCAAAAAUAGAAGAAAAUCUGGAGGAGAAGUUUUGGAAAUUCAAGAACACCCCAAUGACAGGAAAAAGGCACUGCUGGUUUACGCUACCGACGAAGACGCCCGAAAGGUCCUAGAAAAGAAAAUUCACGCGGUUGAUUUUAAGGGACUGGGAAAGGUGGAUCUUAUUGUGAAACAGCAUGGGGAGAAAAUGAACACAGGUAUUAAGAGAGAAUCACGUACACCUUCACCCAGCUUGAUUAAGGAGAAACAGGAGCAUUGUAGAGAAGCACCUGGAAAGCAGGAGCAAGUCACCGUUUGUCAAGAAUCCUCACAGCAGGGUGAUGGUGGCACAGUCACACUGCUAGUGAGCGGCACUCAGUCCAUCAACGAAAAUUUGCUAACAAUGUACUUUGAGCAGUACUCUAAUAAUGUCAAUAUAAAAAAACAUGGGGAAGAUGGUUGGAUUCUCAGGCUGUCAAACCAGUCAGACACGGAGAAGGUCCUGGCUGAAGAGGACCACAGGAUCGGAGCAUUCUCCUUCACAGUGGCACUUUACGAUGAAAGGGCCGAGGUGGAGAGGCUGGACCCACAUAGGUUCAUCCUGAGUGGAUUUGCUGGCAGCUGCAAGCACAGCAUCAUUUCCAUCUACAUCAAGAGCUGCAGCAAGGGGGCGGAACACUCGUGGGAGACCCUCAGUGAACUAGGCAGCUUGGCAGUCACCUUUAAGCAGGACAUCGACAUAAAGUUUUUUCUGGAGAAAUGCUCCAUGAAGAAGCUGGAGGACAUGGAGAUCACAGCUUCCCGUAUGAUGCGCACAGACACCAUCUUGGUCGAGGGUAAGAUGGACGGCAUCUCUGAGGAGGCACUGAAGUUGUACUUCAACAGCAAGAGGAGUAAAGGGGGAAAUAUCCGCUCCUUGAACUGGGUCGACAAGACCAGGAGUGUGACUGUAACCUUCAGAGACUGGCGUGUGGCCCACAAUGUCGCUGAACAGGCUCAUAGUCUUGGUGGGGUCAGUCUGCAAGCGGUUCUGUUCUACACCCAUCUGCAGAAGGCUCUGACUGGAAGAACCGCGCCCCCACCCACCGCUCCUAGCAAAAUAACCUUAUAUGACGACUCUGUGCUGCUCGACCACCUGAGUCACAACAAGAAGUUCAAGGAGCAGUUUGAGAAGACACUGCAGGACAUCCACGCUAGAGUUUCAGUUGACAAAACCAUGGAACAGUCAAAGAUUUCGCUGGAGAUGACAGUGGACCAAGAGUCUCUGCAGAUGUACCAUGUGGCCUCUGUUUGGGAGAGCAAAGCCAGGACUGAUGUGGAGAGCCUGCUGAAGAGAUAUAUUGUGAUCAAGCUGGAUGCUGAAAAUGAAAUCUGGAAGAGGAUCAAGGAUACAUGCCUCAGCCUGGUCUCCCCUGAUGUCAGUGUCUUUUAUGAAGGUCCCCAUCAUAGAAUUUUGGUGGUGGGGCAGAAAAAUGAAGCGAAUCCAGUUGUGGAUUCUGUUAGGCUCCUUGUGAAGAACACCAGUGAGGAACUGGCAAUUCAGAGAAAUACCGUGGUGAGGAUGAUCACUCUGAAUUCUAAAGAGGAGCUUGGUUUUCUCUGGAACAUGGUUUCCAGUAAAGUGGAUGGUGUUGAAAUAUCAAAAGAUGAUGAAAACCUGAGCAUCUACCUUAAAGGACUCACAGACCCAGUAAGUUCAGCAGAAAUGAUUAUCAAGAAAGAGAAAGAGAAUUUGGCCACUAAAACAUUAAAUAUCUCAGUUCACCUAGCAAAGUUUUUGAAAUCUUUGGACUUGAAAAAGUUUGAGCAUGAUCACUUUGUUCAGCAGAAAUCCCAGGAAGGUAUUUGUGCAGUCAUCCUGAAGUGUGGGGAUUCUUACCAGAUCCUUGCAGAGAAAAAAGAUAUUUUUAAAGCUGAACAGACUGUAAUGGCGGUUUUGAAAGAGGAAGUGUUGGAGCUGACCCCUGAACAACUGAAGGUCACUAAGGACGAAAACUGGAGGCACUUCUUUGGUGAUCUGACAGAAGAUGUGUCUAAUGUCAAAGUUUUACAGUCUCACAAAUCGAUCAUAAUGACAGGAUUCUGCAGUGCAGUGACAGACAUUUCAAGGAAACUGAAAGGCUACCUAAAUAACAAAUUGCCAGUAACGGAUGACGUUACCGUGGAGUCCGUGGAAGUGCUGGACUUUAUAAAUGACUGCAUGAACUUGUCGGAAGUACCUGCCAUCAAAGUCCUGAAUGCAAUAAUAGUGCCAUCAAAGACUUCCCUCUGUCUGAAGGUCACUGCAGCCAGUGACAAGAUCCAGGAAGCCAUCUCGACAGUGAAAAACCAGCUGGCUCUCAUUGUGAAGGAGAAGCACACAUUUCUCAAAGCUGGGGAAUUCAUAGUGCUGGAGAAAAACCAGACUGCCCUCAAAGCCCAAGCCAAAGAGUUUGGGUGCAUGUUGCAUUUCCCUACUGAGGAAACCAGCCCUGCAGCUUCUGCUCGAAGCUACAGCCAUAACAUAGCUGGCAGCAUCACACUAACCAUUGUCCAAGGUGACAUGUCCUGCCACUCGGGUGAUGUCUUAGUUUGCCCAUUGAGCGGUAACUUGGCUUUUGAUAACCCCAUCGCUCAGAAGGUUCUAAAGAUCGGGGGCCCUCAGAUACAAGAGGCCUUAAAGAGUUUAACUAAGGAAAGAAAUGCUUUAAUAGCCGGAGAUGUUGUUCUUUCCAAACCAGGAAACUUAUCUGCAAAGAUCCUUAUGUAUGCUGGGAUUUCUGCUUGGGGGAGUAGUGGUCACCAGCUCAACGGUCAAACCAUUGAGUUCAUUCACCUCAAGUCAGCAAUCUUAAAAUGCCUGACAAAUGCGCAGGACAAGAAGUUCACCUCCAUAGUGAUGCCAGCUUUGGGCUGUGGAACCUUUGGCUAUCCCGUUAGUGAGAGCUGCAAGGCGGUUAUCGGGGCCAUCCUGGAGUUCUGUGAAACCUACCAAGGAGCACCUCAGGAUCUGAGAAAAAUACUCAUCGUUGACCCAGAUAUCAAGAUAGUAGAGGAAUUCAAUAAUGUGGCAAAUGAAAUUGCUGGUAUACAGGCACACAGUGGCACCAUGGGAAAGGACACCAGACCGUCAGACAAAGCAAAUGUCACUCAACCACUGCAGGUCCCAUCGAACUCAGGAGCAGUAUCCCGAGUGCUUGUCGGCAGUAUGCUGGUGAUGCUGAAAAAGGGAGAUAUUACCCAAGAGAAAGUGGACGCCAUCGUGAAUUCCACCAACAGCACUUUAAAUCUUCAAACUGGUGUCUCUGGGGCCAUUCUGAAGGCAGCUGGGAAAUCAGUUACAGAUGAAUGUGCCAAAUUGGGUACCCAGAAAGAGGACGGAGUGGUGGUGACCAGCGGGGGCAGUCUGAGCUGCAAGCACAUCAUCCAGAUGGUGGGGCCAAGCACCACAGCUGGCAUCACAGCCUCCAUAGAGAAGGUCCUGCAGCUGUGUGAGAACAAGACUUGUGCUAAGGUUUCCAUCCCAGCCAUUGGGACAGGAAAAGGUAACAUUGGACCAAAGGAGUCUCUCCAAGCCAUCCUCAAAGGACUGGAGAACCAUUCAUCAAAGACGGCCUCAACCUGCAUCCGAUUCGUUUACAUAGUGGCCUUAGAAGACAGGGUCUUCCAGUGCCUUUAUGAAUAUUUUGUUGAGAAGACCCACCCGUCACUGCCCAAGAAGCAGUCAAGUGAGGAGCAGCUACCUGCGAAUCAAGUCAAGAUCCGUGAGGUGAGACUGGAGGUGCGGAAAGGAAACAUCGUCACAGAAACAGUGAGAGGCAUCGUCAACACCACCAACAAGGAUCUCAGCCUGAAAGGCGGUGUUUCUGGAGCUAUACUGAAGGCUGCCGGACAGUCAGUGGAAGACGAAUGCAAGAAACUCAGUCCCCUGGAUGAUGACAGGGUCGCCGUUACUGGUGGUGGAGCUCUACAAUGUGACUUCAUCAUCCACAUGCUGGGGCCUCACUCGUGUGCUGCCGUGACUUCCCGGGUGGAGAGGGUGCUGGAAGAGUGCGAGAACAACCAGAUCACCACAGUCUCCUUCCCUGCUGUUGGCACUGGGGGCGGUGGUCUGAAAGCAGCAGAUGCAAUCACUGCCAUGCUCAAAGGGUUUGAGACCCACCUCACUCGGCGUGCCUCCACCGUACUCAAACUGGUCUACGUUGUUAUUGACAAAGAUGACAUCCUGAAAGACGUUCUUCAGGGACUCCAGCUGUGGAAAACAAAAUCAACAAAUGAAUCCCUUGAUGAUGAUGAGGAGGAUUGGAGCUCUGAAUCUGAAGAGGAAGAUCAGGGUUCCUCUAGCAGCAGCAUUAAGGUGGUCAUGGGACCAAUAGACAUUAAGGCAUUCUGUGGAGACAUCACCAAGGAGACCACCGACGCCGUCGUUAACAGCACCAACACAUCCCUGAACUUAAACACAGGUGUAUCUGGGGCUAUCCUGAAAGCGGCAGGAAAUAGUGUGGUGGAUGAAUGCAAAGCUUUGGGAACCCAGCCAAGUGAUGGACUGGUUGUCACCAAACCAGGAAAACUCCCAGUAAAACACAUUGUCCACAUGGUCGGGCAGACCACAGAUAAAGCCAUCACAAGUUCCAUGUGCAAAGUCUUGAAGGCUUGUAACGACAUCAAAGUUCAAUCAGUGUCAUUUCCAGCACUGGGCACUGGAGCAGGAAACCUGCAUGCAGACCAUGUGGCUGUAGCCAUGAUGGAUGCCAUCCAGAACUUCCUGCAGGACAAUCCCCAGCCAAAUGUUACUUCUAUUCACAUCGUCAUAUUCCAACAAAACAUGUUUUCCAGCUUUGAACAAGCCAUGAAGAAAUGUAAGGUGUCACCUGCGGAAAAGCUGGAGAAAUCGAAACCUGUUCCAAAGAGUAGCCAGUCUCAUCCUUCAUUGGAUAUCACCAGCCUCUUGGCCAAUGUGACUUAUCCCACCAUGACCGUGGAGGUAUACGGGACGACUGCGGGCAGCCUGGCCCAGGUGAAGAAGUGCCUGGAGGACCUGCUUGCAGAGGAGUGCAGUUCACAGGAUGUGGAAGCCCAAAGCCUGUGCUUCCUCCAGGAGGCGGAGAAACAAGCUAUAAUCGACCUGAGCAACAAGCACCAUCUAUGCGUGGCAGUCCACGUGAACAAGUUGACAGUGUCAGGAAAGAAGGACGAUGUUCUCAUGGCUGUCCUGAAGAUCAAAGACCUCCUCCAGGGAGCGAAAGAGAGAGAGAACCAGAAGUUUGAGAAGGAACGGAUAAAAAAAACAGUCCUGUGGGAGAAGGUGAAACAGGGAAGUUGGACCUCAAUUAAGUCUAAUAUUAGCUAUAACUUGGAGUGUGCCUACAUCCGACAGGAGAAGACUUAUUUGUUCACACAAAAAGGGAAAACUUACAAAGUGAAUCUAGAGCAGAUGCAGAUGACAAAUGGCAAAGGAAUAAAUUUCAAGAUCAGAAGGACACCCCUUGUGGGAGAUUCAGGCACAGCGGUGAUUCAGACGCCUCCAACAUGGACCAAGAUGGCUGGCAAAAAUUACAUUGUUGUUCCUCUGGUUGCAACGUCACAGGAAUACCAGAACAUUUCAAAGGACUUUAUAGCAUCCUGCCAACAUUUUACAAAAACAGAAACGAAGCGCAUUGAAGUGGUCCAGAUAGAGAGACUCCAGCAUGACGUGUUGUGGCAGAGCUAUUCUGUGCGGAAACAGGCCAUUGAUAAGAAGUAUCCUAAGAACCCCAAUGAGCAGAUGCUCUACCACGGCACCACAAAGGAAAUCUGCCAGAAGAUCAAUGCCUACGGCUUCAACAGGAGCUUCUGCGGCAGAAACGCUACAAAGUACGGCUUGGGAACCUACUUCGCCAAAGAAGCUUACUACUCUUGCUAUGAUAGUUACUCCAGCCCAGACGAUCAGGGCCAGAAGUACAUUUACAGGGCCCGUGUCCUGACGGGGAAGCCCUGCCUGGGGGAGUCCGGGCUGAAGGAGCCCAAAGCCCUGAAUCCUAACGACCCCCAAGCCGGUCUUCAUGACUGCGCUGUUGACAAACUGCAAAACCCUUUCAUCUUCGUCGUCUUCUGUGACUCAGGUGCCUAUCCAGAAUAUCUUAUCACGUUCAAGGCCGUGUGAGACACAGAGACAGCAUUUCCUGUCACCACACCAGCUUCUCUCUAGAACCUAGUCAGUUCUAGAGAAUGGACAGUGCCUUAGUUUAUAUUUACAUUUUUCGAUGGGAAACAGUCAGUGGAUUAUUAAUUAGUAAAGUGUUUGGAAUCAGUUUGCCAGGGUUGACAUUUUUUGUUGAUUUAUAUAAUUAAUGAGAUUUUGUAUGUAGAAGUGUUUUUGGAUGCCUUGAUCUAGCUUGUGUAAUCCUCCUUUUGUUUACAUCAAUGCUUUUCAACCCAAAGCUCAGGGACCCCCAAACAGUCCAUAUUUUUGCUAUCUCCCUGCUCACGACUAGGGAAAACUGGUUUACACUGGUUUUACAUACACCUACCAGACCAUUUACGUAGGAGAAACAAAACUCACCAGAUUGCCUUAGCCAAACCAUUUCAUUAAAGAGUGGUAUAAGCACAGGAAUUAACAGCAAUAAUAGCAAAGUUUUUUUUUUUUUUAAUGAUGCAUGUGAUAAACAUUACAGUGCCCGACUGUAACAGAAGCUAUUGACGGUUUUCCAUGGUUCAUUAGGAUGAUGGGAAUCUUGGGGUGAUCAGAAAGCAGCGUGACCAGGGGGAGGAGAAAUCACAUUUCAAGGGUUUCUCAUAGACUCAUUUGCAGGUUGUGAUGAUGGAUAUGCAUGUUGCUCUGAAUAAAAAUUGUUCUGAUACAUGA